AGCAGCCCCCGUUGGACAAGCAGGAUGAAGUACCUUGCAGUUCUCUUCACCAUUGUUGCUCUCGCCGAAUGUCUCGUUAAGAUUCCCUUGCAGAGAGGGAAAAAAGUAAGAGACACUCUCAAGGAGAAAAAUCUGCUGGAAAAUCUUCUUCAGAAACACCGUUAUGACAUUGGUACAAAAUACAACUCAGAUAUUUCUAAGGCUGCCCUGGUGGCUGAAGAACCACUUCUGAACUCCUUGGAUACUGAAUACUACGGAACAAUCUACAUUGGAACCCCACCACAGAAGUUCACUGUUGUGUUUGACACUGGAUCAUCCAAUCUCUGGGUGCCCUCUGUCUAUUGCAGUAGUCCAGCAUGCCAAAAGCACCAGAGGUUUAACCCAUCUCAGUCUUCUACUUUUCAAAGCACUGGACAGACCAUAUCCAUUCGGUAUGGGACAGGAAGCAUGGAAGGGUACUUGGGAUAUGAUACAGUCAAGGUAUCCGGUCUUGCCGUUUCAGAUCAGCCAUUUGGCUUGAGCAGCAGUGAGCCAGGCAUCAUAUUUGUCUAUUCUCAGUUUGAUGGGAUCCUGGGCUUAGGCUACCCAACCAUUGCUGUUGAUGAAGCGACUCCAGUCUUUGAUAACAUGGUGAAACAAGGCUUAGUUCAGCAAAACCUGUUUUCUGUUUAUCUCAACCGAGAAUCAAGUGGGAGCAUGGUCAUUUUUGGUGGAGUUGAUCACUCUUACUUUACUGGUCCUAUUAACUGGAUUCCUGUCACUCAGCAAGGUUAUUGGCAGAUUACAGUGGACAGCAUUCUAGUGAAUGGUCAGACAAUCGCCUGCAGUGGUGGCUGUCAAGCAAUUGUUGACACUGGGACGUCCCUCUUGGCUGGUCCGGCAUAUGAAAUUAGCAAACUCCAAAAUGCCAUUGGAGCUACUGCAGCACAGUAUGGCGAGUAUGAAAUCAACUGCAGCAACCUCCCCAAUAUGCCUGAUGUUGUUUUUGUAAUCAACGGAAUCCAGUAUCCUCUCACCCCUUCAGCCUAUACUAAUCAGGUGAUGCAAGCAGAUUGCACUAGCGGUUUCCAAAACACAUCUGGGGACCUCUGGAUCCUAGGAGAUGUGUUCAUCAGGGAAUACUACAGCAUUUUUGACCGGGAGAACAACCAAGUUGGACUGGCAAAGGCAGUCUAGAAUAAUUGUGCUUUUAAACAACAGCAUGGGCUGUAAUUGCUCAUUUAAUCAACUUACUCAGAUUGCAUCUUAAAUUCAUAGCUAUUUAUUUGAGCAAAUGGCAGCAACUCCAGUUGUGUAUUUUUAAAAGUAAUAUCUAUCUAAUGUCUUUAAAGAACCUACAGAUGAUAAGCACUGUUAUGCCAUAUAUGAUCUGAAAAUUGUGAAUUUCAAAUUAAUAAACUGUCCUAAAGCUAA